AUGCGUUUCUCCAUCGCCGCCGCCGCCUUCAUGGCCACCGCUGCUUCCGCCGGUAGCGUCGUUUACUUGACUGAGGAGGUCACAAUCACUUCCUGCGCCGCAACUGUCACCGACUGCCCUGCCAAGUCUACUGUUACCUCCCUCACCUCUUACCCGGUCGUGACCGCAUCCAGCUCUGCCCCAGCAGUCUACCCCACCACCUACGCAAACGUAUCUAGCCCUGCAGUCCCAACCUACCCGGCUACCUACCCAGCUGAGACUGCUUCUGCCUCUGUCUCCGUCCCAGUGUACUCCACUUCCAGCGCUAUUGGUGUGCCAUCUUACCCCGCAUCAUCCAAGCCAGUUCUGAGCACCAUCACUAUCUCCACAUGCGUGCCUACUGUGCUUUACUCAACUGUUACUGUUACUCCUACGGCCCCAGCUGUGACCUACAGCCCAGCCCCAUCUGCCACUGGUGUCAUCUCAUACCCCCACAACGUCACCUACCCAGCUGCCACUGCCACCCCAACUGCUUUCACUGGAGCUGCUUCCAACGUCCAAGGCUCGAUCGUUGUGGUCGCCUUCGCUGGUCUCGCUGCUUUCAUCUUCGCAUAA